AUGCCAAACUCUCAAGCUACCGGUACUUUCAGGGAUUUGUUCUCACAACAAAUCGUCCGCCCAAGUGCCGGAGGUCAAUCUCUCUCACGAGUGUCGACAGCGACGUCAACAACUAGGGCGAUUAACACCCCUCGUUCAUCUGAGACCGACAGCGCCAGCCCCAACGACGCGCGCCUCCCCAUGGCCCCCGCGACCUCCUCGGGCCCGCUACUGGUCACGAGCCUCAGCGUGAGCGACUGGCGUCCGCAGUAUCCUCGCAUAGGACAGUUCGCCAUGACCCCGUCUGAGGAGGUCGUCGCAGCCACUCCCGACGGGCUCGUCUAUUUCAAGAGGGUGCAAGACCACCCCUCGAAGCCGUGGUCCGAGCCCCGGCCUUUUGCCCUAACCGCAGAGAGACUGGACGCUUCGAAUGUGACUGGCCUGGCGUUGCACCAGGAAGAUGACAGAGCGGGGGGCGAGUUGAACGUGUAUUGUGUCGCGACGGGAAAGCUGCACGCCUUCUCCCGCUCCAAGGCCUUAGGCUCUACCUUCGCUGUUGACCCACGCCCUCCAUUUGCAGGCUCCACGGUCAGCGGAACACCGGCUGUGGCUAGCGUCGCAGACAGCCUUGGAAGGAAAAACUUCUGCGUGGUGGUUCCAUGCCCGGCUGGCGGCAUUCUGUACACUUCGACCUUUGGUUCCACGGUUUAUGACUAUUUUAAAGACACACCAAUCUGGGAGCCAUCAAACCAACAGGCUACGCCCUUGGGCAUCGUGUCUGCCGUCUCCGUUGCUUCGGUAACUGCCACAAAGCCAGCAAGCAAAUUCUAUCACGAUGAAUAUACCACGCACAUAGUGGCAGUCUGCAUCGCCCGAUCAAGACUGUACAGCAUUGACGGGCUAUUCGAAAAGCCAUCAUCAUGGCCGAUUAAGGCAACUUGGAGGGAUCCAAAAUCCAUCAGAAUUCAACACCCAGGCGAGGUCACCGGCAAUCCAGUUCUUCUCGCGCCUAGGAAAACCGGUUUUGGUGCAAGAAAAUACCAGUUAGACCUACUAGUGCCAUCCGCAGAGGGCGGUGUCUUCCACUUCAUACGAGCCGCGACGACGCCUGACGAAUGGCACAUGGUCGGACGCAUCAAAUUCCCGACGGGAAUCCCCAUUGCGACAAGCUUAGCCUUUUGGGGAGCUGAUUCCGGUCACAUUUUCGACUACCACCAUAAGCUACGCGCUUUCAUCCAGUGCGGAAGCCGGCUCUACCUCAUCCAGACUUCCUUGGGCGCUCAGCCGUGGGUUGGAUCUGAACUCUACCCGGUCAACGGGCCAGGACCCUUCCUGCAUUGA